UGUUACAUCUCAUCUAAAUUGUAGAAGAAAAAGGUGAUCAGAUGUGACAUUAGAUGAAGAACACAAAAAUCAUUUUAAUGGAAACAAGAUCCGUUAAGAAAAAAAGGCUUCUCGAUGAAAUCUACGCGAGCUUUUCAUGUGGUGAAGACCGGAUCAGUGAUCUACCUGAUGCAGUUCUUCACCACAUUCUUUUCUUUCUUCCCAUUAAAUCCAUCGCCAAACUUAGCGUACUCUCUAAGCGAUGGAGGCAAAUAUGGCACGCAUUCCCAGAUCUCGAUUUCACCACGAUCAACGUCCCAUCAUCUGCUAACUCAACCCCAAAAGUCGGCCCAAACAGUCGUAACAAAAAAUUGCAAAACACAAAUUGGACUAGUAUUGGAGGAGCUGAUUUCAUCGAUCAAGUGUUGUCCCUUCAUGAUAAAAAUUCAGGAAUUAGGGUCCUUCGUUUUCGUGCAAAUUUGAGUUUCUCACGAUUAAAUGCCCUGAUUCGUGGCGCUGUCAAGCACAAUGUCCAAGAACUCGACGUCGAAGUUGCGACCAAUGACUAUUUUAAUUUCCCUCGAAGUGCUAUUAACAGUGACUCUUUAAGGGUUUUUAAAUUAAAGUCUAAAUAUCCAGGGUUCAGGUUACCACCUUCGUCAAUAAUGAAAAAUGGUUUCAAAAAUUUGUUCUCAUUGUCACUUUCGUGCAUCAUUAUGUACGAGCAACCUUCGCUACACGAUUUAUUCACGGAUACAUCUUUCCCGUUGCUUAAGAAAUUGAAUCUUGAUGGUUGCAGUGGGUUAAUGUACUUACACGUAAGUUGUCGUGUACUCGAAGAAUUAAUUCUCGAGAAUUGUUUUCAAUUGGAGCAUUUAGACAUCACGGGUCCGAAAUUGGAGAAAUUGAGUGUCAAGAGUUGUUUCGAUUCGUACACCAGUGGUACUGAGGUUAAGAUUGUUUGUCCGAGACUUAAAAGGAUAAUAUGGUCGAAUAAUACUAUUACGGAUCAAAGUUGUUUGGAGAAUUUAACUUCGUUAAUUGAGGCAUUGAUUGGUUUUUUUGUUCUUUUGGAGGAUCUUGGUGCAAUGAAGCUUCGGAGCAUGAAUGAUUUCUUGUCGGGGCUCUCACAUUCACAUUCUUUAGUUCUUGAAAACCAAAGUGUUGAGAUUCUAUCGAAGAAUAAUCACUUGGCGGGCAUAUCUCUGCGUCCUUUUACUAAACUGAGAUCGUUAGAGUUGCAAACAGGGUUCCACAAACACAACAUUCCAGGAUUAGCAAAUCUGUUUAGGAGUUCUCCAGCAACUAACACACUCAUUCUCAAGAUUACCAAUGAGCACAACAUCCAAAGAAGGAAAUGGAAUAGGGACCUAUGGCAAUUGUCAAACUCAGGUGAAGAACGAUUUUGGGAGUCACAAAGUAAUGCAAUGAAUUCCUUCCUUCAACAUCUUAAAGUAGUGAAAAUUCAUGGAUUCUCAGAGUGUGAAAGUGAUGUUAGUUUAGUCAAGUUCUUGUUGAAGCAUGGAAAAGUAUUGCAAGAAAUGUUCUUGUGUGCAGAGCUUUCCAAAUCAAGAGACUCUCUUCACAGAGAAAAAAUCAAAUCACAAAUAAUGGGGUUUUCUAAGGCAUCUUGUAAUGCUAAGAUUGUGUUCAAGUAAACUUUGCUAUGUAACUUCAAGAUUAAAAGAAAGGGUAAUUGUCCUUUUCUAUAUUAUCUCCAAAUUUAUGGACU